AAUGUCAAGCUCUGGUGUGUAUUUCACUCAUCCUGCUCAUUAGCGGUCUCGUUACCCUCGCAGACGUGGACUCGUCCUAAUUUCUGCUGAUCAUUGAUCUCUGAUAGUCUUAUCAGCCUCAUAUAAGCGUGUCCAGCUCUGGCUCGGUCUCACUGAUAGACGUUCAGGUGAAGGCUCAAGAUGAUGCCAGUGACCCAGCGUCUGCUCGUCCUGACCGUUCUGCUGUCUCUGCUGCUGGCCUUACAGGUCCAGGCGGCACCCAUAGACACUGACUGGGCGACCGGACUGAUCCAUCGGGCCAAGCGCUCGUUACUCUGGCGAUGGAACACUCUGAAACCUGUGGGUUCUGGAUGCAGAGAUCAUUAUGAGUGUGGAACCAACUACUGCAGGAAGCACACGUGCUCCUUCAAUAAAGCUCAACAGGCGUGAUUGAGCAUAAAUCAUGAUGGCACCAAAUCAAGUGAUGGAAAACAAAAUGUCUAAAAUUGUGCAUCCCUUUGAUUUCUCAAACAUCAUGACCUACAUCAAUCUGACAGAACAUCUAAAGACAGCAGAAGACUUUCAGAUCUACAUCAAUCUCAAGACUGUUUUCAGGUGAAUCUCACCAAGAAAUGUCCAGGUCAUAUUAACCUCCAAAAUCAGAACUGUUUUAAUUUAUUUGAUUUUGGCCCGAAAUAUGACCCGGCAUGUUCUUGACACAUUCACCUCCUCAGAAACCUCUCAGGAACACGUCUACAAGAACUCCAGUUUCAUCAUCGAUGUUUUAUAGUUGUACAGAUCUUAAUAAUGUGUAAAAUAUUAACUUUGCAUCUAUAGUUUCUGAUUCAGAUUCAAUGAGGCCGAGAUGUUUGAUCUGAUAAAAUACAAGCACACAUGGCAAAAGAAUCUGUAGCAAAUCUAUUUCAUUAUCAGCUGCAGCUUCCAGAAGAACCGGAGCAUAUUUAUUUUGUAAAUAUCAGACACAUAAUGUGAGAUGGUGCAACAUGCUUUUUUAUGUUAAAA